GAGAGGAGCUCGGGGCGAGGCCUCGGGCCUUCUGCGGGGCUGGGUCUGGGCCGCCGCCCGACUCCCCGCUGAGGCAUUGACAGCUGUGGGGAGACUCCCAGAAGCAAGCAUUUGAAGCUGAAGGAACCUGAAACAGUAGCUAGUCCCCAGCCCACAUUUUAUCGAUGAAGAAACUCAGACUACAGAGCUAAAGGGACUUUGUCCAAGGUCGCCCAGGUGUGAACUUUUGAUUGGUGGACUAACUGCAUCCCCGUUUACGGGUGGAGAACCUGAGAGGCAUCCCACCAGAACAACUGCAGAGCCAACUUAACUCAGAAUUGACAUCCUGGGCUGCCAAGCCUGUGCUAAGAGUUACUUGAUUAGGACAGACCCUGGCUUCCGUUAUGGAUGCCCCUCGUAGCUGCAUAGUUCAUUCUGUAGACACCUGAGCCUCCAAGGCCUUCAGCCAAGACUUUUGGCAGUAAUUAAAGGCUCUGGAUAAGCUGCUGCAGGCACUUCUGGAGGCAGGGCCAUGCUCACGUUCAUGGCCUCUGACAGCGAGGAAGAAGUGUGCAACGAGCGGACGUCCCUGAUGUCAGCCGAGAGCCCGGUACCUCGCUCCUGCCAAGAAGGCAGGCAGGGCCCGGAAGACGGAGAGAAUGCUGCCCAGUGGAGAAGCCAGGACCACGAGGAGGAAGACCCUGACCGCUACGUCUCCAGUGGGGUCCCCGGGCGGCUGCCAGGCCUGGAGGAAGAGCUGACCCUCAAAUACGGGGCGAAGCACGUGAUCAUGCUGUUUGUGCCUGUCACACUGUGCAUGAUCGUGGUGGUGGCCACCAUCAAGUCCGUGCGCUUCUACACGGAAAAGAACGGACAGCUCAUCUACACGCCGUUCACCGAAGACACACCCUCGGUGGGCCAGCGUCUCCUCAACUCUGUGCUCAACACUCUCAUCAUGAUCAGUGUCAUCGUGGUCAUGACCAUCUUCCUGGUCGUGCUCUACAAGUACCGCUGCUACAAGUUUAUCCACGGCUGGUUGAUCAUGUCCUCUCUGAUGCUGCUCUUCCUCUUCACCUAUAUCUACCUCGGGGAAGUGCUCAAGACCUACAACGUGGCCAUGGACUACCCCACCCUGUUCCUGAUCGUCUGGAACUUCGGGGCGGUGGGCAUGGUGUGCAUCCAUUGGAAGGGUCCCCUGGUGCUGCAGCAGGCCUACCUCAUCAUGAUCAGCGCGCUCAUGGCCUUGGUGUUCAUCAAGUACCUCCCGGAAUGGUCUGCGUGGGUCAUCCUGGGCGCCAUCUCUGUGUAUGAUCUCAUGGCUGUGCUAUGCCCCAAAGGGCCGCUGAGGAUGCUGGUGGAGACUGCCCAGGAGAGAAACGAGCCCAUAUUUCCUGCCCUGAUAUACUCAUCUGCCAUGGUGUGGACGGUGGGCAUGGCCAAGCUGGACCCCUCCUCUCAGGGAGCCCUUCAGCUCCCCUACGACCCAGAGAUGGAAGAAGACUCCUAUGACAGUUUGGGGGAGCCCACGUACCCUGAAGUCUUUGAGCCGCCCCUGCCUGGCUACCCCGGGGAGGAGCUGGAGGAAGAGGAGGAAAGGGGCGUGAAGCUCGGCCUCGGAGACUUCAUCUUCUACAGUGUGCUGGUGGGCAAGGCGGCGGCCACGGGCAGUGGGGACUGGAACACCACGCUGGCCUGCUUUGUGGCCAUCCUCAUCGGUUUGUGUCUGACCCUCCUGCUGCUCGCGGUGUUCAAGAAAGCGCUGCCCGCCCUUCCCAUCUCCAUCACGUUCGGGCUCAUCUUCUACUUCUCCACAGACAACCUGGUGCGCCCUUUCAUGGACACCUUGGCCUCCCAUCAGCUCUACAUCUGAGGGGACGCGUGGGCUCUGUGGCUGGACGCUGUAGGAAACUAACUGGAUGCAGUUGUAUAGUUUUACCACUCUAGUGCCAUAUAUUUUUAAGAUUUUUCUUUCUUUAGGAAAAAAUAAACGAGAGUAAAAAAAAGUACUGUGUUUACUUUGUGAAGAACCAGCUUUUUGGUGCUAGUUUUGUCACCAGACCAUGGCUCACCCCUUCAUGAGCACUCGCUUCACUGACAGGAAGGACAGGAACUUGGUCCAGAUGAACAAGGAAGGGUAUGUGAUGGGGGAGGCGCAUGGAGAAGGUGACCAGGCGGCUCAUAGCCUGGAAUGUUCCAAAGGCCAAGAUGAAGGAAGGUGUGUGCAUAUAACAGGACCAGGAGCUCAUGCCCAGGAGGCACCAAGCACCUGGUCACUGGCUGGAGGAGAAAAGCCAAUUUCUCUGCAAGGAAUGUUCCCAGUGCUUUGUCUAUGAUGUCGUUAUUUUAUUACCUUUAGAAACCAAGUCCUAAUCUUGUUACAGCAGUUCCGCUGGGAAGUGGCUUAAUAUUAAUAUCAAUAAAAAGAUGAAUCCCGUCGGAA